UUCUGGGCCGUGGACUGGGUGUCACCCACCAGCUCCACCCCACAAUCUCCCCCCUGAUGAUUUCCCGGAAUCACUGUGCAUUCCGCCUCAGCUCGGAGGGACAGUGCGUCGUCAUUGACAACCAGAGUCUGAAUGGGGUGUGGGUGAAUGGAAAGCGAAUUGAACCACAACAGCCUUACCCACUCUCAGAAGGAGACGUGAUCCAGCUCGGUGUGCCUCUGCGUGACAAGGAGCGGGCAGAAUACGAGUACCGUUUAACUCGGUGUGAGGAGGAGCUGGCCCCCACAGGGGAAGUACUAGGCACGGGAAGCAGUACAAGGAACAAGGCGGGCGAGAGAGUGAAACGCAAACACAACUGUGAGGAGAUUGAGCCUGGAGACAUGGAGAGAGCCUCGUGUUGUAAAAAUAAAGUACAGAGAGUCUGUGACUCACAUCCACCAGGCACCAGUGCCAGCCAAGAGGCUUGGAGCAGCACAGAGGAGUGUGUGAACCCAGGUACUUUCCGAGAGGGUUGGAGCAGCACAGAGGAGUGUGUGCACUCAGGUACCAGCCAAGAAGCUAGGAGCAGCACAGCGGAUUGUGUGAACCCAGGUACUUUCCGAGAGGCUUGGAGCAGCACAGAGGAGUGUGUGCACUCAGGUAGCAGCAGCAAGAGAGAGGCUUUUCCCCAGACGUCUGCCUCUGGGAGGCUGAGGAAAGUCGGGGUCCAGGGAGACAGUGCCCAGGCCCUGAUGGUACCUAGUGGGAAGAGCUGGCAAAUUGAGGAUCUGAGUGCCAGGGUUCAUGGACUGGAGAACCAGCAAGAGGAGCAGAGGUUCCAGCAGCUGGAGUGCCAGCAUCAACAGCAGCAGCUGCUGAAGGAACCCUUGUACACACAACAGCAGCAACAAGAGGUGAAGGUACAGAAAGAUGAAGCAGCAGCACAUUUCACUGAUGUCCUGGAGAAUGAGCUGCAAUGUAUCAUCUGCUCCGAGCACCUCAUUGAGUUCCUAGUUCGUGAUAAUCCCCAACCAGGUCCUCUUUCCUAG